ACAGUUUCUGUUUUGAGUGUACGCGAACUGGAUUUGAGAGUGGCGAAGGGUGUCAAAGGAAAAUGUCCAACGCGAAAGAUGCGGCAUUUCGAUGCCAAAUAAAAGGUGGGAGAUUAUGUGUGUUACAUUCAGGGAAGAUAUAUGACGUGACAGACUUUGCAGACCGUCACCCAGGUGGACGAGAAAUUAUUGAAAAUCGUGUAGGACAGGACGUUACGCAAGUUAUGAAAUCGUUAGAAAUUCACAGACAUUCCCCAGCGGCGUUCAAAAUUUUAGACAGAUAUUAUAUUGGGGAUUAUAACACUUCAAAUGGCGUCACACAAAGGCAUAAAGAAUCAAAUGGACACACAAAUGGACAUGCAAAUGGCCUUACAAAUGGUUAUGCUAAUGGAUAUAAAAAUGGACAUGCAAAUGGUGUAGCAAAUGGAUCUGCUAAAAAAACUGUAGUUCAAUUUGAUGAUCUAGUGGACUGGUCUAAGCCUAUUUUCUGGCAGGUUGGAAACCUAGGAGACAAAUAUUAUGACUGGGUACACAGUCCAAUUGAUACCUCACUGAGGUUAUUCCAUAAUGAUUUUGUGGAGACAUUCUCGAAGGCAUAUUGGUGGACUGUGCCACCGUUCUGGGUUCCGGUGAUGCUGUUCUUCCUGGUAGACUCGUAUUUACGGUUCCAGUCAGAGACGGUCUAUUGGAACCUUGUUGGUUUUGGAGAGACUGCAGUGUCGUCGCUCUUUAUUCCUGUGUUGUUUAUGGUUGGUUUUAUUAUCUGGACGGUUGUGGAGUAUGUUGUACAUCGUUGGGUGUUUCAUAGCACGCCUCCGCCAAACUCUAAAUUCCUCAUCACAGUUCAUUUCAUACUUCAUGGACAACAUCAUAAGUCGCCAAUGGAUAAAACUCGCCUUGUGUUCCCGCAUGUACCAGCUUGCGUACUAGCAAUACUUAUAUACAUGCUGUACUGGUUGAUGGCACCGUUGGCGGUCAUGCACACGGUGUUUUCGGGCACGAUAUUUGGAUACCUGUGUUACGACCUGACACACUACUACCUUCAUCACGGCAACCCGUCAUCAACAUAUUUUAGGGAUCUCAAGACAUAUCAUGUUAAACAUCAUUUUAAAACACAAAAUCAAGGUUUUGGAAUAUCUUCAAAGCUGUGGGAUUUUCCAUUCGGGACGUUAAUUAGAUGAGGAUAAGAAAGAGUAGAGAAAAGGAAGGUUCUGUCCAAAUAUAGUGCCUAUAAUAUUUAUAUCUUUUUCUAGCCAUUAUAGACCUUCAUCUGGUCAAUCUUAAAAGUGGGUCAAAGGUCAUAUGAAAUAACUUGUGAUGGGCUAAUAUUGACCUCGGAAAAAAUGGUUUAGGUUACCGUAUGACUUUCAAAAUAUGUAGGAUUUCUGACCUUAAAAUAAGGUUACAAGUUGACCUUGAAACUAUGUAAAAUGUUCACCUUGAAACUGGGUAAAAUAUUGACCUUGAAAUGAGGUGAAAUGAUUUUACUAGGGUCAAGGUGAAAGCUACAACUUUGAAUCAAGGUCAAAGUUUUCAUCUUGAUGAACAGUAAUUUUGGCAGCAAAGUGUUUAACUUUCUUGAAAUCCAUAUCUGUGUAUAGUUUAUUUGAUUUUUUUCUCUCUUCUGAUAAAAGAAAUAGGGAAAAUAAAUUCUGUGAUGAUGUAAACUGAUAUAGGGAGAAUUAAAAUAAGUGUUAAUAUAGUAGUGUAUAUAAUUGAAAGUAUGGGAAAUUAAUAUUAAUUUUUUUUUUUGUUAGACUGUUAAGAUUACAAUUUCUUAAGAAUGACUCUUGGGUAAUGUUGUUGUUGUUGUUGGUGUUAUUUGUUGCUGUUGUAAAUGAACUAUCAUUCCAUGUUAUAGAAGUGAAAAUAAUAUAUUUGUUAACGAUAAAAACAGAUUGUGUAUUUUUAUUUACCAUUUGUUGUAACUUUGUUGUUUUCCUCAGGUAUAUGAAAUAAAUAGAAAAACAAUUGUUAGAGCAAAAAAAUAAAGGAAGAAGAGAAAUGUACAUGUUGAUACUGUUUAUAAAAUAUUCUCUUUAUGUAACUUUUUUUAAUAAAUUUUCUUUUUGUAAAGACUGUUCUAUUGAUGUUGAAAAGCUGCUCUUUAUGUUAAGAAAUUACGCUUGAUGUAAUCUUAAGAAAUUUAAUUUUUUAUUUUGCAAAAACAUACCUUAUUGUUUCACAGUUCUUAUUUUGUGGGUAAGGUUUUUUGUUAUGGUUACAUAUUCCUCUUGCAAUAACUAAAAUAGAACUGUAGUUCUAAGUUUUACUAAGAAUACUACCCAGUGUCAAGAAGUCCUGUUGUUUGUGUAUUGCAUUGAUUGUAUAAGCUUGUUACAUUUAUAAUUAUUAAGAGUUUUUGAUGUUUUUUUUUUCUCUGGGAUGAGAAGGGGGGAGGGGGAUGAAUUAAAAGUUAGCAUAAGUAUACAGAUAUCAUGAAAGAUUUGGUCAAAACUAUUUAAAAAAACAA